GUUGGGAUAUAUUAAUUAUAAUUAUAUUUUCGUGCUGAAGUUGAAUAUACUAUUGAAAUACAUAAUUUUGUGUUUGAGGAUGUUUUAUGUGAAUUAUGUAAGUUUUUGAGUCAUAUGUUCAUCUCAUGAACACAGAAAUAUUUAGUCACAUAUAGGGAAUUUUAUGAAUACGAUUAUCGUGUGUUUAGGAAGAAAUUUUUUGUUGGAAAAUUUGAUAAAAACACGUGCGUAAGUGAAUACUGACAACUUUUACAAUGAUGCAGCAGAGAAUGAUCAGUGUUAUUUCCAAAUGCCCGGAUGAAAGGCGAGGGAGUGAAGUACGAUCCGUAUUAUCAUGGUUACGAAAGAAGAGUGACCUUCUGAGUAAAUGCAAUGAUGAUGUACUUGAAGAUGUUAUAAAGAACUGUAAUUACAGACGUGCUGUGAAAGAUGAUGUCAUAGUUGUACAAGGUGAUCGUGGAGACUGUUUUUACAUAAUGCUGUCGGGAAGAACAUCAGUAUUUAUUGAUACAAGAAAGUCCGACGACGACGGCGACUUAGUAAAGACUGACGAUGAUAUUGCUAGCAAGACGGUCACUGAAGGUGAUGACGUCAUGUCUGAAGAUUCUCACGAGAGUCAUCAAGAAGUGAAGAAAAAGAAAUCACUUGAUAGGUCGAAAUACGGGAAAUUUAUUAUCCACUUCGACGCUGGAAAGAGUUUUGGUGAAAUAGCGUUAAUUAGUGAAGAUUCCGUGAGGAACGCCACUGUUAUAGCAGACGAAGAAACGGAUUUGAUGCUUAUUCACCGUGACCUUUUCAACAGGUCAAUGAAGGCGCAACAAGAGAAAGAAUAUGAAGAGAAGAAAUCAUUCAUUGAUAAUUGUCGUCUGUUCGGAGACUGGACGCCGAAAUUUAAACAUUUGCUCGAGAUGAGCAUAAGAAAGGAAGUAUAUCCGUACGGUACACAAAUAAUGCGACAGGGAGAUCCUGCUGGGGGUCUCUUCUUUAUUGUCAGUGGUCAAGCAAAAGUUACAACCGAACCUUCCAGACACAAGUCGCAAUAUCCACAGCUUAUGACACAAAUGUCUGUUAUGGAACAAGAAUUCGGCAGACAAAAUAAAGAGAACGUAUCACAGAAGUUGCCCAAUGGACUGACUCAACAUCAAAUACGGGUAAGGCGGAAGGAAGGGUAUGCUGCCGCUGAGAAACGCUUUAUGUCCAAAUCUCUCGAGCUUUGUUGCGUGGAGGGCAACGAAAUACAAGGUGAUCUUGAGAUGGCUAUGGAGAUGCCUACAUCCUCGUGCACUGUCACGUGCACUGCAAUGAAUACCACAGUGUUCAUACUAGAUACAAAAACCUAUGAACGACUUAUAUUAAAGAAAAACUUACAUACAAUUCUUAAGCUAAAAGAGGGCGUGUUUCGGAAACUGAAUAGUAGAAUAGCCACUUCAAAUGGCGGGAACGUGCCUCUGUUUCGUAAAGUAUGCGAUAAACUACAAGAAGAGCUUAAACCAAAGAUGAAAGAGCAGCAGACACAGAAAGUAAAAAAUGAUAAUGACAGAAAUGUCGUCUUGUCUCAAAUGAUAAAAUUAUACUUGAAAGACAGAGGGCCAUUGAUAGAUCCAAUAUUACCGGACUCUUUUCACAAUCGUUUGAUGUCAGAAAAGCGCAAUAAACAGAUUGAGAAAUCUGAGAAAAAGAAAGAGGAGCAGGCACUUAUUCUUCGGCGGAGGAAGACUAGAAUUCCGCGGUCGAGGAAACAGCUACAAAAUAGUGCAGCGGAAACAGAACUUUUACACCCAGAACAAAGCUGGUUAGAACAAGCUAAGCCUUCGAAAACACGACAUUUACGACCGAAAACCGCAUUAGGUAUCGAAUCUCACUCUCAGUUUGAAGAUGGAAGCGAGAGACCGCAUACAAGUCCAGCUGAACAAAGCAACGUGUUUCAUCUUACCGAAUGUGAAACUACGGAUGAACUUGGGGAAACAAUUGUAAAAGAAAAAUCAAUCAUGGUGACGCAAGAAUAUGAUCACGUGUUCAAACAAAUAGAUACUAUACAACGUGGAAAAGAUAUAGCAAGAUCGAAGGUUAUCUGUUCCGUUGCGGCAAAGAACGAGCUUCGAGAAGAAACGGAGCGCGCACAAUUAAAUUAUAGACCAGACGACAUGUAUGAUUUACAUGAUGAGGACUAUUUUGAUUACGAAACAAGUGCUAGUAAUCUAAAGAAUCUAGAAGAUCGAAUGAAAGUAUUUUGUGACGAAGUUAGGCACAAACGAGUUAACGAUCACGUCCGAAUAGACGAGAUGAAAUGUUAUCAUGUAAAGGACUCGGAUAAUGUUCCAAUGUCAGGUGGUACAGUUUUUGUGAACCGGAAGCCAUGCUCGUAUCCAAAGAACAUCAGAUUAUCAAAAGAUGUUCACCAGCACGUGCGGCGUUACAUUAUAACACGUGACCAAAAUCGAUACACUACGUCAGCGUCAGCUUUAGCUAUACGAUCAAAAUCAUCUCUAGGUUUCGCCUCCAAUCGACCAAAAUCUGCCUGGUAAUGAUGUGAUAUCAAACACUAUAAAUGACUGCUUAUCUAUAUGUUGUUAUUUUCACUCUUAGUUACCUAUUCAUUGUUGUAAAUGCGGCAAUAGUUUUACAAAACUUUUUAUUAUGUUGUACUCAUACUGUGAUAUACAUAUGGAAUAUACAUUUAUCAAAUAGAAAAUUUUCAAA